UGACUAUUAUAUCCCUCAAGUCAAGCCUUCGUUUCUAACUAAACCCUUCCCUUCCUCCUCCGGUCAAAAAAACCCUAAUUUUUCGAAUCAGCGGCAGAGAACGAUGAUGCCCUCCUCGAAAGCCGUCGUCUUUGCUAGUCAGAUGGCGAAGAAGAUUCGUGUUACGACGCCGUCGAUGUCCGCAACACGCUUUUUGUCAAAUGGUCAAGAACAGGAGCAGAACUCUCCAGAGCCUUUACCCAACAGACCCUUGCGAGGGGAGAGAUCCUCCACCAACUCUCAUAGAGAUCCUCCACCCGCCAGACAAGCCCACAACCUUGGAAAGGGUGAUAAUAAUACUCUGUCUGACCAUGGCUUCCUCGAGCAGUUCAAACUCGGAGUCAAUCAGGAACCCCCCAAAACGGAACAAAACCCCCAGGAAGAAACAAGCCUGCCUGAAGAUUCCGAUGAGAUCUUCCAGAAGAUGAAGGAAGGAGGUCUCAUUCCUAACGCCGUCGCCAUGCUUGACGGCCUCUGCAAAGAUGGGCUUGUACAGGAGGCCAUGAAGCUUUUCGGGUUGAUGCGUGACAAGGGUACAAUCCCUGAGGUCGUUAUCUACACUGCUGUCGUCGAGGGCUUUUGCAAGGCUCAUAAAAUUGAGGACGCUAAGAGGAUUUUCAGGAAAAUGCAGACCAAUGGGAUCUCCCCAAAUGCCUUCAGUUAUGGUGUCUUGGUUCAGGGAUUGUAUACUUGCAACAUGCUAGAUGAUGCUGUUUCUCUCUGUGGUGAGAUGCUCGACGCUGGUCACUCUCCCAACGUCCCCACUUUCGUUGGAUUGGUUGAUGCAUUGUGCAGAGAAAUGGGCGUCGAACAAGCUCAG